AUGUGUUUAGUCCAUGGCCCCAGCGUGGAUGAGCGAGCGAGAAGCGAAAGCACCUGCUACAUUCACUGUUGGCGAGUCUAUCGACUAUAUGCAGGCGGCGAUGACGAGUCCACUGGUGGUGCGCACGUGAUUGGUAUGGCCCGGGCUCCUGACCUAGCUCCGAGGUGCCGACUUCUUUCUAUGCCCUUUGCGACGCUCUUUCCACGCUGGCAGAAGCUCUUCAAGCCCCUGCAAGCACUCUACUUCGUAACCCCAGCAUUCUCUCCACUGUUACCAGGGACACGACCUUGGAAGACAUUUGAGAAGGUGAAGAUGGCACCGCCGCCUCACAAAGCAAAGCCCCGUCCUCCCCACCACCCGCAACCACAGCCGUCUGACUACGAGACGGAUGCCCCACUACCCAUUGAUCUUCCUCCGCCACCGCCGCGCUCCAACGAAGAGCUCAACCUCGCUGUGCUCCGUCGCCAUUAUCCCGAGGUCGUCUCCGUUCAGCACAUCGCUCACUAUGCCGUCGUCUACACCUUCUCCCAGGAUUCGGCACUCUGGGAAAAGAGCGGCGUUGAAGGCACCCUCUUCGUCUGUGAGCUCGCCCCUAGCCCAACAGGCGCCAACCGCUUCUCCGUCAUCAUCUUAAAUAGACGGGGCUUGGACAAUUUUAGGAUUGAGCUUACGAGCGACGCCGACAUGGAGAUUACGGAUGAGUAUGUUAUUCUCCAGGACAAUAAUGUCGUCUACGGCUUGUGGGUCUUUUCCGAGCCGCCACCCUCCUCUACAGCGAAUAACCGAGUCGAGACGGCCGGCAAGAUCCGCGUGCUGGCAAAGCAGGCCGCCGACAGCAGACAGGCCAGGGACCCCGUCCAGAGGAACGGUGCAGAGGCAGCUGACCGGGAGGAGGACAGCGUCCCCAUGGGCCGCCAGCUUUCGCUAAGAGAGCUCUUUGGCCAGCAGAGAGAGCAAGACGCCGCCUGGAGUGUCCACAAUCACCACAGCCCGGGUUUGAGCUCGGGCUUCGCCCCAACACCUGAUCCUGCUGCCAACAAGGUCGUGACACAGCUUUUCACGAAAGCGAAGCAAGACUACAAUGGGAUUGGAUGA